AUGGUGGCUGAUUUCUUUCUUUGGCUGCUGAAUGGCACUGUCAUCGGCUUGAUUUAUACGUGUUAUUUCCUCAGUGAACUCACCGCCUAUACACAAUUUUUUUUGUUCCAGAUCCCUCCACCGCUUAAUACACGACGCUUCUUCUCUACUUUUGUUCUUCAUCUCCGGCUUUAUAGAUUCGGGGUUGUCACCGCCAAAGCUUCCGGUUCACGCCUUCCACAUCUAUCGCUGUUCCUUUUUAAAGAAACAGACGAUGCUUUCUCGACCGCCUCCUCUACCUGUGUAAUGUUAGAACCGACGAUCCCAUCGUCGAUGAAGUCAAUCUCGCAAAUCAAGUUUUUCUCAUUGUUAAUCAGCACCUGCUCCACCGCGUGUACACCGUCUCUGGUACCCAUCGAUGCAGACGACACCAUCUCUUUACCUCCACCGCCUCACAUGGCUUUCGAUUGUAGAUCAUUUAUGAAGACACACAGGGCGAAAAUCGAUUCCCCGGGAGUUGUUGAUGUUCCUCCGGUAUACAGAAGUUCCAAUAAGCAAGACGGAGGGGAGGUCGUCAGAUUUGUUUCAACUCAAUUUCCGCAGACUUCUCUAAGAUUUUCUAGAGUAUCCAUGUAUUAG